AUGGCGGUUAACCUCGACAACGAUAGAUUUUAUGUUGAAAAAGUUGAGGUGCCUGUUGAUUCAGAUGAUGAGUUCCAGUAUGAGGAAGUUCUGGUAGACGAGGAAAUUGUUUCGCCAGAAUUGGAUGAGGAUCUUGACGCAGCAGUUCGCACAAUACGUGAGGCAAAUGAGGAAGCUGAAGCCAGAGUACUAAGAGAAACAGUUACAAGGCCGACCAUUGUCCAGAAGCCGGAAGUUGUGGAUGAUUUUGUCCGGAACUUUCUCGUCAAGAUGGGGUUAAUGAAAACUCUGGAUUGUUUUCAAACAGAAUGGUAUGAGCUGCAGGAGCGAGGAUUUUUGAGGCAGGACAUGAUCGGAACAGUCCCAGAUGUCUACACCCAGAACCUUGAACUUGAGAAUGAAAUUGUGUUCCUGAAGAACGAGGCCAUGAAGUUUAGAAAUGCUGCAGCGGAAGCCAAAGACAUUUAUGCGAAGCUGAGAAAACAGCGAGACUUCCAUCGUAUGCACCACAACCGUGUGGUCCAGGAGAAAAACAAACUCAUUGAUGAUAUCAAGAGACUGAAGAAGCAUUACGCUCAGUAUGCACCAAACAUGGAAGCCCUGAAGGUUCGUUAUGAGGCAGCCAUCAAGGAGAAGAUGUUGGCCAGCCUAGAGAGAGACAGGGCACUAAAUCAACUUCAUGAGCUGCAGGAUUCUGUGAAACACUUGGAGAUUUCAAAAGAUGAACCAAAACGCAUGGUAGAGGAGAAAGCCAAAGGACCAACUCACAAACAACUGCUGCAGGAGAGACAAAAACAGGUGCCAGAAGCUGACAAUAUGGAAAUGCAAAUUCUACCUGGCUUCAAGAGAUUUGUCAAUGAUUCAGAUUUCCCCAUUGACAAUGGCAUUAACCCUGAUCUCAAUCCAGACAAAUGCUCGGCCAACAGGACUGGAGGCUUUCAUUUGGCCAACACUAUCACUGCUCACUCUCAUGCAAUCAGUGGCAUUGCUCUACAUCCCAACAAACAAAUCCUGGCCACCUGCAGCGAUGACCAGACAUGGAAAAUGUGGGCGGUGCCAAGUGGCGAGAUUAUCAUGACUGGCGAGGGUCACACCGACUGGGUCUCUGACUGCAGUUUCCACCCCAGUGGAUCCACUUUAGCCACCACCAGUGGAGACUCCACCGUGAAGAUAUGGGACUUCAGCAAGGCUGCUUGUGUGCACACGUUCAUAGACCAUGGCGCUGUUGUCUGGACCUGUUCCUGGCAUUCUUGCGGAGAUUUUCUGGCAACAAGUUCAAUGGACAAUACUGCCAAAGUGUGGGAUAUCAACAGCCUUCGCUGCCGUUACACUCUGAGAGGACAUGUUGAUUCUGUGAACUCUAUAGAGUUUUUACCUUAUAGCAACACUCUUCUCUCAUGCUCCGCUGAUAAAACUGUAUCUCUGUGGGAUGCAAGAAUGGCAAUAUGUGCACAGACAUUCUUUGGUCAUAUGUACUCAGUCAACCAUGCCACUUUCAACAUGAAGGGUGACAUGAUUGCAUCAUGCGAUUCCUUCGGCGUGGUCAAACUCUGGGAUGUUCGGAGUGUGGCUCCGAUGGCCAGCUUUGAGACGGGUCCACAUCCGGCCAACAAAAUGAGGUUUGAUCCUAGCGGCAGUGUCCUGGCAGUGGCUAGUAGUGACAGCACUAUCAAAAUGUAUGACAUCGAAUCUGCCCAGAUUUACUCACUGCUUGGUCAUGAAGACGCUGUUCAAUGUUUGUGCUUUCACCGUGGUGGAGAGUACCUGAUAUCAGGAGGAAGUGACAGUACUGUUCGAAUCUGGUGCUGA